AUGCACGACCUCGUCACCGCCGAGCGAAUGCAGGAGUUUGCGGCAUAUGCCGAUCGACAUGAGCUCUUCGAGCUCUUUGAGCAUUUGGUCUCCAAAAUGCUGAUCGAGCGUCCCAGCGACAUCCACCAGUUCCUCAUUGAAAACAUCCCCAAGCCCAGGAUUCCGUCCAUCGUGGUCGUCAGCCCACCAGCCUCCGGAGAGUCGACAAUCUGCUCCAGCAUCGCCAAGCAGUAUGGCGCAGUCCAUAUCCAAGUUUCUGCCUUGCUUCGGGUCGCGAUCGAGAAGCAGACGGCUCUAGGUGUCCAGGCCAAGCCGUAUAUGGAGAAGGGACAGCUUGUGCCGGACGUUAUCAUUCUCGGCCUUGUUACUGCGCGACUUCAAGAUGCCGACGUCCUUCAGCGAGGAUAUGUUCUCGAAGGGCUUCCCCGAACCAAAGAGCAGGCAUUUGGGAUGCAAAAAAAGGGUAUACUUCCCGAACACAUCAUACUUUUUGAGAUUCCCGACGAUACCAUUGUUGAUUAUCUCAGCAACCUACGCUUCGAUCCGGUGACCUCCAAGAUGUACCAUCUUAAAGUUGAUCCACCGCCAUCAAAUCCCAUGGUGGAAGCUCGGCUGGUUUCCAAGGCUCACGAUAGCGAGCCGAUUGUUCGCGCCCGCUUAGCGCUGUAUCAUCGCCAUAUCCCAGGAAUCAAAGCCUGCUUUAGAGGUUUCAUCCGCAACUUCAAGUUUGAUCAAGGCAUCUUUGGCAAUGAGCGACAGGUGCUGAAGCAGGUUCUGCUCUAUCUAGGGAUGAAGAGAGAGUCCCGAGCGCCACGCAGCCACCGGGUCAUUUUGAUGGGGCUGACUGGAUGUGGCAAGACAACGAUCGCGCACAUGCUCCACCAAAAAUACGGAUUUAUACAUGUUUCGCCAAAGCUGGCAAUAUUGAGCGAAAUUUCAAACAGAGGGAACAACGCCGAGGUUCUGCGCCCCUUUGUCGAUCGCGCUGAGGAAGCACCCGAGGAUUUGAUCAUUGAAUUGAUAAUCAAGCGCUUGAAGUCGUCGGACUGCGUCGACAAAGGAUGGAUUCUUGAGGGAUUCCCUCGCACCACUGCUCAGGCGAUGGAGUUGCAAAGUCGAGGAAUUAUGCCAAACCGGGUUAUAUGGCUGGAAACGCCGGCCGAAGUGUGCUUGUCAAGAUUGACGAAGCGGCGCUUUGAUCCAGAAACUGGGCGCGUUGUCCACACCGACCAUCUUCCAUCAGAAGUGACUGCCGCCGAAUUGGACUCUUGGAUCCAGAAGGACAGGGACUCGGAAGGUCAAGUUCGAGCACGGUUGGAAUAUGAAGCAAGCCUCAAGUCCGAACUUCAGAGCUUUUACGGCGUUCGGUCGAUUGCGGACGCGGGCCACCCAUCUUCCCAGAGAGUCGGCAUUAUGCAUGAAAUCGACUCCUUGGACGUGGGAGAGGGCCAGGGAUUUGGUGGCGCCACGAACCCAUCAGCAAACACCUGUUUUGAGUUGGUGGAAGGAAUGCUGAUGCGCUCGAUCCCGGCCCAGCUUCCAAGCUAG